GUUGAGCAAUGCCUCUACGCCAGAUAUACCCCCUUGGAGACAAUAUCUUACCAUUCUAUUGUUGAGCAAUGCCUCUACACCAGACAUACCCCCUUGGAGACAAUAUCUUACCAUUCUAUUGUUGAGCAAUGCCUCUACCAGACAUACCCCCUUGGAGACAAUAUCUUACCAUUCUAUUGUUGAGCAAUGCCUCUACCAGACAUACCCCCUUGGAGACAAUAUCUUACCAUUCUAUUGUUGAGCAAUGCCUCUACACCAGACAUACCCCCUUGGAGACAAUAUCUUACCAUUCUAUUGUUGAGCAAUGCCUCUACGCCAGAUAUACCCCCUUGGAGACAAUAUCUUACCAUUCUAUUGUUGAGCAAUGCCUCUACACCAGACAUACCCCCUUGGAGACAAUAUCUUACCAUUCUAUUGUUGAGCAAUGCCUCUACGCCAGAUAUACCCCCUUGGAGACAAUAUCUUACCAUUCUAUUGUUGAGCAAUGCCUCUAUGCCAGAUAUACCCCCUUGGACACAAUAUCUUACCAUUCUAUUGUUGAGCAAUGCCUCUACGCCAGAUAUACCCCUUUGGAGACAAUAUCUUACCAUUCUAUUGUUGAACAAUGCCUCUACACCAGAUAUACCCCCUUGGACACAAUAUCUUACCAUUCUAUUGUUGAGCAAUGCCUCUACGCCAGAUAUACCCCCUUGGAGACAAUAUCUUACCAUUCUAUUGUUGAGCAAUGCCUCUACACCAGACAUACCCCCUUGGAGACAAUAUCUUACCAUUCUAUUGUUGAGCAAUGCCUCUACGCCAGACAUACCCCCUUGGAGACAAUAUCUUACCAAUCUAUUGUUGAGCAAUGCCUCUACCAGACA